AUGACCACACCUCAACCACGAGCAAUGACCGACCUCGAAAUGGCUCCUGCUCCAACAACGUCGUCCCAGGAGAUCCAGGGAAAGGGCUCCAACCACAUCGCAUCGUCGCCAGACGCAACCAACGACAAGAGCCGGCCAGAAAUGUCCUAUCUGAUGCUGCGUAUCAAGUACUUUAGCCCCGCGUGGUUUGCGUCGGUCAUGGGCGUGGGCGUGUCCGGAGGCAUUCUGUACACGUAUCCAUUCCACGCGCGAUGGCUGGAGAUUCUGGGCGAGGUCAUCUGGGCCAUUUCUUUGGGCAUGCUGGGAGUCUUCUCCGUCCUGUUUUGCGCCCGGUUUGUGCUCUUCCCCAAGCAGUUUAUGAAAAUGCUCAAACACCCCGGCCAAUCGACCUUUCUGGGCUGCAUCCCCAUGGCCUUCUGCACCACCAUCAACAUGAUCCACAACAUCUGGGGUCAGGACGGAUGGCUUGCAUGCUACAUUCUCUGGUGGUUCAACGUGGUCAUGUCUCUGGCCACUUGCUGGGGAGUCACCGUGUCCAUGUUCUACCUCCACAAACGAACCGCCACCAUGCUCAACGCCACCAUGAUUCUUCCCAUCGUGUCUGUGGUCGUCUGUGCCGCUACAGGUACCCUCUUCUGGGAUAACGUCCCCCACCACCUCCAGGGCCUCCAGCUCGUCGUCUGCAUCAUGCUCUGGGCCAACGGUCAGUGUCUCGCCUUUGGGUUUGUCACCGUGUACCUCUGGCGUCUAUUGUCCAUCGGCAUGGUCCCCCCGGCUCUUGUCAUCUCCAACUUUUUGCCCGUGGGCCCUCUGGGCCAAGGCUCAUUCGGUAUUCUGCUCAUGUCCAGUGCCGCCCAAAAGUACCUGCUCAGACAGUUCCCCAACGACGCUCUGGAUGCAGAGGUGAUGGGCCAGCUGACCAACACCGCUAGCCGGGUAGUUUUCACGCAGUUCUACGAGUUCCUCGGCAUCUUCAUCGCCCUCUUUCUCCAGGGCUUUGCCUUCUUCUGGCUCUUUGUGGCCUUCACGUGCUUGGCCUACACUCCUCCCAAGCAGUUUGCCAUUGGUUGGUGGGGCCUGACUUUCCCGCUGGGCACCUUUGCCCUGGGAACCGCCCGAAUGGGCGUCGAGCUGGAUUCUCUUGCAUUCAGAAUCAUUAGCGGCAUUUCGGGCGUCAUGGUCUGUCUCUUUACGCUGAUUUGUGUUCUCGGCUCCAUCCGUGACGGCAUUAUUGGCAACAAAAUCUUCCUGGCCUCCCAGGACGAAACUGAUCCUUUGGAGCAGUAA